AUGAGUGCUGUGAUUACGAAGAUUGGGAGAGCACUUGGGGUUGAAGACCAAGCGAUUUGCGAAUUCGUUUAUGACAUCUGUGUCAAAAGCUCUUGUUUAGAGCAGUUUCAAUCAAAAGUUCAAGAGCUAGAUGUUGGUAUUGCGCCCGAUGUUGCUGUAAAAAUUUAUGAACUUGUACCACAUCUAAAGGCCCCUCCGAUGGCAGAUAUCACAGAUAUAUUGAAAGACAAUCUUGGCGUGACUGAUACAGUCGUUGUGAGAUUUGUCACUGAGGUAUGUUUUCAAUGCAGCUCCUACAAUGAUUUUGAAUCUCAACUUCAAGAAAUGGACUCUGGCAUAGACUCAAAAACUGCUUCACUCAUAUAUUCUGUUCUAAAGCCUAAACCAUCAAGAGGAAAGGACGAAGUCAGCAUGCCAAAUAAUAAGAGAGACUGGAGCGCUCUUAGCAACUCCGGCGGAAUCGUCAAGACUGAAAAUGACGCUCCAGUACAGCUAGAUGUUACACCUCUCAUGGGCAAGAUCUACUCUGGCGUGGUAAAAAAAAUAAUGGCAUUUGGGUGUUUUGUCCGAAUAUUGGGCACACGCGAUCCAAGGUGCGACGGAUUAGUUCAUAUUUCUGAAAUGGCAGAUAGAAGAGUUAGCGAUCCUUCAGAUGUUGUCUUUGUUGAUCAACGUGUUUUUGUUAAGGUCAUCAAGAUUCAACACAAUGGGAAGAUAUCGCUUCAGAUGAGGUCAAUUGACCAAGAGACUGGCUUAGAGCAGAAUCAGGGACUGUGCCGGGGGCGGCGUUUGGAGAGACAAGCUCCCCUCAAAAUAAAGAGAAAAUUAACCUCACCUGAAAGGUGGGAGAUUCGUCAAUUGGUUGCAAGUGGUGCAGCUUCUAUAGACGAUUAUCCGGAGCUGAAAGAGACCAUCGAGCAAGAUGGAGACUUAACCAAGAGUGUGACACAAGAGCAAGCGGAAGUAGAUGUCGAAUUAAAAACAGAUGACAAACCGCAAUUUUUGGAGGGAGAAACCGACUUCUCCCAUAAGCAAGAAAUGCCAAAGAUCACCAAAGUACCACAAGGGUCACUUACAAGAACAGCUCUCAACGGAUCAAGUCUUAUGAGUGAUCACAGGAAUGAGAAGCUACAACAAAAGAAGGAGCUUGAACAGGAAACACGAAAAAAGACGCUCCUUGACGAUCCCAAUUAUCGUUCACAAGCUGACUUUAAGAACAAACAACUUGCGUUGACCGCUUGGGAAAGGAGCAGGAAUAGAGAAACUAUUGAAUAUGGUAAGAGAAGCAGUUUACCCAUCAAAGUUCAGCGAGAAUCUUUGCCCGCUUUCAAAAUGAGGCAACAAGUAAUAGACGCAGUCAGUGAUAACCAAUUCCUAGUCAUUAUUGGAGAGACAGGUUCAGGAAAAACUACCCAAAUCACACAGUAUUUAGAUGAAGAGGGUUUUAGCAAUAGUGGAUUAAUUGGAUGUACUCAACCGAGAAGAGUGGCUGCCGUCUCUGUAGCAAAACGUGUCUCCGAAGAAAUAGGAUGUAGGGUUGGUGAAUAUGUCGGUUACACAAUCAGAUUUGAGGACGAGACUUCCCCUAAAACGAGAAUAAAGUACAUGACAGAUGGUAUGCUGCAAAGAGAGGCGCUUUUGGAUCCAGAAAUGAAAAACUACUCGGUGGUUAUAUUGGAUGAAGCUCACGAGAGGACAGUAGCGACAGAUGUGCUAUUCGCUUUGCUCAAGAAAGCUGCUUCGAGAAGACCGGAUCUGAGAGUAAUUGUAACAUCGGCAACCUUGGAUGCGGAAAAGUUCUCGAACUAUUUUCUACAGUGCCCGAUAUUGAGGAUACCUGGUAAAACAUUCCCCGUUGAUGUGAUGUAUGCGCAGGUACCUCAAAUUGAUUACAUAGAGAGUGCUCUCGAUACAGUGAUGGAAAUCCACAUCAACGAAGGUUGUGGCGACAUUUUGGUUUUUCUGACAGGCCAAGAAGAAAUCGACACAUGUUGUGAAGUUUUGUACGAGCGUGUUAAAACUCUAGGAGACACUAUCCAGGAACUUCUUAUCUUGCCGGUGUAUUCAGCUCUGCCUAGUGAAGUCCAAUCAAAGAUUUUUGAGCCCACACCACCAAAUUGCAGGAAGGUCAUUUUUGCUACCAACAUAGCAGAAACGUCAAUUACCAUCGAUGGUAUUUAUUAUGUUGUGGACCCUGGCUUUUCGAAAGUGAACACAUACAAUCCUCGUGCAGGGAUGGAACAGCUCAUAGUAUCACCUAUCUCACAGGCACAAGCAAAUCAAAGAAAGGGACGUGCUGGUAGAACGGGUGCAGGUAAGUGCUACAGGCUAUACACUGAAUCUGCCUAUUUGAAUGAGAUGAUUCCCAACACUAUUCCUGAGAUACAGAGGCAAAAUUUGUCAUACACGAUCUUGAUGCUAAAGGCGAUGGGAAUUCAUGACUUGCUGAACUUUGAGUUCAUGGAUGCUCCACCGCGAAAUUCGAUGACUAGCGCCUUGGAAGACUUGUAUAAUUUACAAGCGCUGGAUGAAGAUGGGAGACUCACUAAGACUGGCCGUUUGAUGUCACAAUUCCCGAUGGAACCGGCCUUAUCGAAGGUACUAAUGGAGUCUGCUAAUACUGGGUGUUCCGACGAAAUCUCAACCAUCAUUUCGAUGCUGUCAGUACAGAAUGUGUUCUAUCGGCCACGAGACAAACAACAAGAAGCAGAUUCAAAAAAGGCUAGAUUCCAUCAUCCAUACGGCGAUCACUUGACUUUGUUAAAUGUUUACACCCGCUGGCGGGACGAGAAUUAUUCGAAGACGUUUUGCUUAAACAACUAUUUGCAUGAACGUCACCUAAAGCGAGCCAAAGACGUCAAAACACAGCUGAUAAACAUUUUCAACAAACUGCGCCUACCACUGUCCAGCUGUAGGGGAAAUGUAGAUCUUAUACGAAAAACACUAGUAUCAGGCUUUUUCAGGAAUGCUGGCAAGAGAGAUUCUCAAGUUGGAUACAAAACUAUCACCGACGGCACGUCUGUAAGCGUCCACCCCUCGAGCGCUUUGUUUGGAAAGGACCAUGACUACGUUAUUUAUCAUAGUUUGGUCCUAACAACACGCGAGUACAUGUCCCAAGUAACUGCAAUUGAUGCACGCUGGCUUGUAGAAAGCGCACCACACUUCUACAAGGUGGCGGGUGCGGAAAGCGAGUCUCGCAAGAAGGCUAAAGUUGUGCCUCUUCACAACAAGUUUUCGCAAAACCAAGAUUCCUGGAGAUUAAGCUCGAUCCGGCAGACAAAGGAGAAAGCUUUAGGGAUAAGAAGGUAA